AUUUAUCGUUAAAUUACAGAAUACCAUUUUUCGUUAUAGUGUCGUUAAAUCUGCGUAACGACUUCUCUAGCUAGUGAAACUGUCGUUAAGAAAACUCAUUAGAGAAUAGACCUACUGGACCGAUUCUGUACUCGCUUACCGACAACUAUCGAUAUUGUUAAUUAACGAUAGCCAAUGGUCGCGCUUUUUUCCAAGAUCAUCCUUACUAUUGGCUUAAUUAACAACACCGACAGUUGUCGAUGGACAUAUACAGAAUCCCGGCCUUGGAGCGAAUUAAGAUAUCGGUGGAAACUAGACCAUUGUUUCGCGCAAAACAUAUCGAAAACAUAGCGUUAUUCUCUUGAUGUUAUUUGUAAUGACAUGUCUUUUUAUUCGAACGACAUGUGGUGUCUACGAUACGAGAUUCUUAUUAUAAAUUUCACACUGCGAAAUAGAUACUUCGAGAGGAAGGAAUGAUAUGUCGAAUCAUGUCACACGAUUCAAGGUCAACCCGAAAAAUUGCCAGAUCCAACGUGGAUAUGGCUCUGGAUCUCGUGAUAAAGCGUAACGUGGAAAAAGGAAGAUCGGGGAACGCGGAACGAGUCUCGAAUGAUUGUAAACUUACUCAUAAGAGAUUUCGAAGUGAUCGAAUGAUUGAAACAUCGGUUGUAGGAUUUUCGAAAAGUUUAGUAUUGUUGGAGAUGCGAUCUUAUAUAUCUCGUCAAGACUGGAAGCACGCUUUACGUCUGUUUCCCAGACUUCUUGAAUAUCCCGUCGAAUUGGAGCCUUUGAUAUGGAGAUACGCAUUUAUAAUUCUAUUGCAUACGAAUGAUCCGUCGCACCUCUGUCGAUUCUUCGAACGAUGUAUUGGUAACCUAAAUUCAAGUAAUAGCGCUUUGCUAAAGAAAUUAUUGUCUUUACCUUUAAAGGACCGUCCUUCGUUUUGAGACAAUUUAUCGCGUAUUUCGUCAGUAUAUUUCCGUUAAAUUAAUAUAUGGUAUCUAUUAAAUACAAACCUUUGUAUGUAUGAUUAUUUAUAUGUAAUUGUCAUACUACGUCUAAUUAUACUUAUCACACUGUAUUACAUGUU